GCGAUGUGGUGGGGAGGCCGGGCGCGCAGAGACGUACGUGUACGCGACGACGAUCGCUUGUCAUGUUUGACUGUACCGCCGCGGUUGUAUUCACGAUUCGGUGAUAGCGUAUCGUCGCGUCUCCUCGCAAGGACCGAUCCUCGCGACCCUCUUCUCGGUUUCAGCGGUGUUAAAACGGCGCGCGCGCGCUCCGUACCCACGUAAGGUAUGCAGUUCUACAAAGAGAAGCUGCUGUCGCCGGGCCAGCUGAAACGGUUGAGCGAGCACAAGUACAGUUGCACGAGCAAAAGCCUCCUAGACGGCCUCUUGCAACCCUGGUGGGACUGGCUGGUCAGCAAAGUGCCGCUCUGGCUCGCGCCCAAUCUCAUCACCGUGCUCGGGCUCAUCGUCAACAUCGCCACCACCCUCAUCCUCGUCUACUAUAGUCCGGAUGCGAGGGCCGAGGCACCUAGAUGGGCAUGUUUUUUAUGUGCACUUGGUCUAUUUAUAUAUCAAAGUUUAGAUGCUAUUGAUGGUAAACAAGCCAGGAGAACUGGGACAUCUACACCAUUGGGUGAAUUGUUUGAUCAUGGAUGUGAUUCGAUAUCAACAGUGUUUGUUGCUUUGUCGGCAUGUAUAGCAGUACAAUUAGGAUACUAUCCAACGUGGAUGUUUUUCCAGUGUUUCUGCGCAAUGACGUUGUUUUACUGUGCCCAUUGGCAAACCUAUGUUUCAGGUUCCUUGAGAUUUGGUAAGGUGGAUGUAACGGAAGCACAAUUUACUAUCAUAGCUAUUCACCUGAUUUCUGCUAUCUUUGGUCCUGAGAUCUGGAUGUUGGAGAUACCAUUCUUAGAUGGUUUUAUGUUUAAGUAUUUAUUAGGAGUUAUGACAGUGGUGUGUGCACUGGCAAAUUUGUAUUCCAUAUUUUCGGUGAUUUUCACCGGAGGAGUGGGCAAGAAUGGUUCCACUGUGGCUAUCCCUGUGCUCGGUGUAGGCACACUCAAUAACUUCGUAGCAGUGCUCUUUUAUGCAGGCUACGUUCAGGUGUUCCUUGAAUUCUGUAAAGUCUUUGAAUCUGGUGGGAUUGGAAAAAAUGGUUCCACAAUUGCAUUGCCAUACACUGGCACAGAGGUGAAGGUGUUUCCGUUAUGGGCUGCUGUGGGCAUCGCUAUUUUACUUGCACAGAGCAGCAUAUCCGUCAUUCUCGCCGGUGGUGUCGGAAAAAAUGGCUCCACCGUCGCAGGAACAUCUGUCUUAUCACCAAUUAUACCAUUUAGUUUCGUGAUAGUACCAGCUUUUAUAAUAUAUAGAAAAAGUGCUGAACACGUCUAUGAAAAUCAUCCAGCCUUGUACAUACUUGCGUUUGGAAUGGUUGCGGCUAAAGUUACCAAUAGAUUAGUGGUUGCUCAUAUGACCAAAAAUGAGAUGCAAUAUUUGGACAGUUCCCUGAUUGGCCCAGCUAUGCUGUUCCUCAAUCAAUAUUUCAAUUUUUUUAUCAAGGAGUAUUACGUUCUUUGGCUGUGCUUCAUCUGGGUUACUCUGGAUCUCUUCCGCUAUAGUGCUCAAGUAUGUCUUGAAAUAUGCGAUCACAUGAAGAUCAAGCUAUUCAGGAUACCAUGCGAUCAUCAUACAAGCACUAUGCAGAUUUCUAACGCCGCCGAGAAAAAUGUUCACAUGAUGGUGGAGGAAGAGCCGCUAUUAGACGAGGAUCAUCAUUAUGGAUCCGAUACGACCGUAGACCUCUGAUACAUUAAUUAUUGUUACUCGGUUCUACACGACUUAAACUGCAAUAACAUUAGAUUGAUUGUAAUCGGCGGAUUAAUAAAGCGCGUUCAUUUCGCGCGCGAUUAUCGUCCGAUAAUGUUACAAACGAUGUUACAAAUGAUCACCGAAAUAGGAAUACUCGACGAUACAUGAAGGAAAGAUUUAUCUGUCUCGUCUUACGAAUGUACGACGCAUAUUUUGCAUACGUAUUUGCGUAUAAAAAGAAGAAAGAUUAUCUCGCAUCUUUUUUAUAUCGCAAUAUUUUUUGUACAUUAUUUAAAUGAUAUAUAUAAUAUAUGCAGAUUAGAAAUGAAAUUUUUAACGAAAACAGUACAAAGUGCGCAAGUUUAGCAAUACAAUUGAAUCGUCGUCGAUGACAAUGAUAUGAUACUCUCCGACGUGUUUGUAACAAUUGUACCGAGUUUGCAUUUAUGAGCUGCAAUUAAAAUCGCUUUUUGCAUUUGUUGAAUCGGUAUUAUACUUAAAGGAUACUACUUAAACUAUUGUAUAGGAGCAAAAAGAGAUGUAUUUCAUAUAUACUCGCUUUCAAAUAUAGGUGCAAUCUUUUCGCGUAACAUGCGGUAUUUGAAGAAACUUGCAGGAAUAUUGCAUUUGUAUUCUGAGGAAAAUGUAUAUAUGAAUGAAUAAUUGUCGCGUUGAUAUUAUAUUAAAAAAAAGAGAUUUGUUAAAUCUUUGAGAUAAAAUAUUAUCGAUAUUUAGUCUCUUAGAUGAAUUAAUUGAAAUUUAAAAAUUAAGUCUGAUGAUAUAUAUAAUAUUACAUAAGACUAAAUGGAAAUAUUAGUAUUUUGACUAAAUAUUAAAACAAUAUUUGAUUUAGUGAUUCGCCGUUUUAAUAUGAUCGCUUGUAAUGCAGGAUUAAUCUUUUAGGCAGCGAUCAUGUAGAGAGAAUUGUUAAUAGAUCACAUAUAUUUUAUACAAAUAAUAUAGUAAUGUGCGUAAGGAAAAGUAAGCUUUCUCCGAAAGCUUGCAGGAGAUCGUUAAAUAUUUAUGUAAGCUGGUAAAAUGAACGAACACUACAGUAUUAUAUGUAUUAAUUAUAGUUUUUAAUUACUUUGCGAAUCUAUAUAUAGCAAUAUAUCUAUCUCUAUCUCUAUUUUGAUUAUAUUUGCAC